UCGGCCGGCCGUCAGUAAUAAGGAAACAGACGUGGAUUUCAAAACUCAGAGAAGAAAAGGAAAGACAGUCCUACUCACGAGUGGAAUCAAAACAUCUGAAUUAGUCACUGGACUCCGCUUUGAAUCAGCUAAAGGUACAAAACGACGACUUGGUACAGUACAGUUCCACUAUUUUGGAAGUUUUGCUGUUUUUUUUGGGGUAGCUUCUGAUCUCCAGUAAAUUAAUACAGCGGGACUUUGAGCUGGAGACUCGUUCGGGACACUGAAGCCUCGGUGUCCGAGCCACCUCUUUGCUGCGCUGCUCUUGUAUUUGACUGUCUGAUUUGAAAUAUGUCCACAAUAAUGGAACAACCUUUUUAUGACGACUCGUUUCUCUCUGCUUAUGGCCAUCCAGGCGCAGCCCUGCCAGACUACAAGCUGCUAAAGCAGAACAUGAACUUGAACUUCUCCGAUUCAUAUCGGAACUCAAACUUCAAGUCACAGCACCUGCGCGCCGAAAGUGAUUUCUAUUCUGCGGGGACGGCGGACGUGGGCUCCCUAAAACUCGCCUCUCCUGAACUGGAGCGACUGAUCAUCCAAAACAGCAACGGGGUCAUCACUACAACACCCACACCGGCACAGUACCUGUACAACCGCGGCAUCACAGAGGAGCAGGAGGGCUUUGCCGAGGGUUUUGUCAAAGCUUUGGACGAUCUACACAAGAUGAACCAGAUGGCGCCUCCAAAUGUCUCCAUCGGCACCGGCGGGGUUGGCUGCUCGGCCCCGGUGUCUGUGUACGGCCCCUCCAUGCAGCCAGAACCGCUGGAGUACACCACCCUGAACAGCUGUACUACAAACCCCAGCCUGAGCUCAGCAGCCAGCUACCCCUCCACAACCAUCAGCUACCUGCCGCACCACCAGUACCACCAGCAUCCCCAGGCCGUUGCGCACGGGUCGCACCACUUCCAGCACUCCCUGCCGGGGGCUGGGAUCCACUCGCAGCGCUUCGUGGGCUUGAAAGAGGAGCCCCAGACUGUCCCCGACAUGCAGAGCAGCGACGGCUCCCCGCCGAUGUCCCCCAUCGACCUGGAGAACCAGGAGCGCAUCAAGGCGGAGCGCAAGCGGCUGAGGAACCGGCUCGCAGCCUCCAAGUGUCGCAGGCGCAAGCUGGAGCGCAUCGCCCGCCUGGAGGACAAAGUUAAAGUGUUGAAAUCGGACAACGCAGGACUGUCGAACACGGCCUCUCUGCUGCGGGAACAGGUGGCCCAGCUCAAACAGAAAGUCAUGACGCACGUGAGCAGUGGCUGCCAGCUCAUGUUAGCGCCCAAAGUGAAGUCCUAUUGAAGAAAACAACGCACUUUUAAUUCAACCCGAUCAAACAACACUGGACAUGAACUGCACUGACAACACAAUCAUCAGUCUUUAUACGUUGUCUGUAUAAGAACUGGAUCACUGAGGUUUCCUUGGACUGAAAAGAAAAAGAAAUCCAGAAAGACUAAAACACUUUGGGCAUUUUUGAACACGUUUUUAAAAGUGUCGUCUUGGCUUCGCCUGUUUACAUCUUCUUUAAAUUGCCAUAUUUGUGAUGCUUCUUGUGUAAGUUAUUUGUGUUGGUCAGGUUGAGCCUGGCAACCGUUGUCUUUUUUUUACUUGUGGAGUAUAUAUUUAAGUAAAUGAAACUAUGAAAUGAA